AUGUUCGUCAACCAAAAUCAAGCCCAAAUUAAAAAGAAAUUGAUCCAGCCACGUAAAUUGGCUGUUCUUCGAGGCCAACGUGACGAAAAUGUCGCCGCACCUAAACAACUUUCUGUACGUGAAGUGGCACCAAUUACCAAUACUCGACUUCCAAAAAGGACGACCAGUUUUGUUCGUAAAAGAGCUGCGUUAGACGAUGUCAGCAACAUAAGUAAUAUCCCUGUUGGGGCUUUAAAACAUGCACAAACCAAUGAUGUGGACGCUGUUUCUUUAAAAAAAGCACCUCUCAAGGAAUCUAUUUCCAGCAAUGUGAAUGUACAACCACUAAGACAAGUAGAAAAUAUAGAUAAAAUAGAAAAAAUAGGAAAAAUAGAACAAAAUAUCUCUUUUUCGCAAAGUGCAAGGGAUGAAAAGUUAUUCGUCUUCAAAUCAGGUGCACCUAAUUUUAGAGUUAGACAUGUAGAACCAAAACCUAUUGCGACUAAACAAUAUCAAAUACAUGAUGCCGAAAUUGAUAAAAAACGCGCAAAGAAGCCCAGAACUCAAGAUUGGCAAGACUUGGACGCCGAUGACGCUCAUGAUCCUUUGAUGGUGUCAGAAUACGCUGUAGACAUUUUCCAAUAUUUGAAGGAAUUGGAGGCCGAAACAGCGCCUAGACCUGAUUAUAUGGAUCAGCAAAAUGAGCUAAGCUGGAAAAUGCGAGAAAUCCUCGUCGAUUGGCUCAUCGAAGUACACAACAAAUUUCGCUUACUUCCUGAAACCUUAUUCUUGGCCAUAAACAUAAUCGAUCGAUUUCUUUCUGUUCGUGUUGUUUCCCUGGUUAAACUCCAACUAGUUGGAAUCACUGGACUGUUCGUUGCGGCAAAAUAUGAAGAAGUCAUAGCACCAUCGAUUAAGAAUUUCAUUUACAUGGUUAAUAAUGGAUAUACGGACGAUGAAAUUCUUAAAGCAGAACGCUAUAUUCUUCAAACCAUUGACUUCAAGAUGAAUUAUCCAAAUCCCAUGAACUUUCUUCGACGAGCUUCCAAAGCUGAUAAUUUCGACAUUCAAUCUCGUACAGUUGCCAAAUAUCUUAUGGAGAUAUCUCUCAUUGAUCACAAUUUUUUACCUUAUUCUCCCUCUAUGGUUGCCGCAGCUGCUUUAUGUCUUUCUCGGAAAAUGCUCCAUCGCUCUGAAUGGAACGCCAAUUUAAUUCAUUACUCGACUUUUACUGAAAAAGAACUUGAACCAUGCAUAAGGUUGAUGCUUAAUUAUUUAUCAAAACCAACCAAACAUGAGCAAUUAUUUAAGAAAUACUCUACAAAGAAAUUCAUGAAAGCUAGUGUUUUUGUUCAAGAUUGGGUAGAAAAAUAUCUUCAACGAGCUAAAUUGAAUA